UCUCUUCGUUUGUCUUUGCUUUUGCCUUGAGAGUCUGAAAAAAACGAGCGAAACAGCAAACACACAGGCUGCACGUUACCAGGCUGUAAAGUGCCUGCGGAGCGUUCUCACUCUCACAAGCUGAAUCAGGCCUUUGGCGGAAACAUCAGAGAAUAGAGUCGGCCUCAUUAUUAUGCCAUGUGUAUUUGCACAAAUUGCACUCAAACACUGUAAUUAUGCUCAUUGCGCCGGGUCUCCGCUUCGCCCUGAGGGCCUCCGUGUGGCAGCUCGCGGCCUUCACCUCCGGCUGCUGAGCCGACAGCGUGCUGAUGCCAGCACAGCUGCUAAGGCCUCACUGAUGCAGCCUCCUCUGGGCUUCUGUUAGCUGCUGAAAAGCCCACUUCAAACACACAAAGCCUGGUGGGUGGGUGCAUAUAGUCGGGCUCCCGUUUAUGCCCCUGUACGUGGUAGGAGUGGGAAGAGUGGCCCGAGCAGCUUUCAGGUCUUGCUGUGUGUAAUCAGCUGUUAAAGGAUUGGGUGAAAAUGGAGUUUCAAAAUAGCCUCAGUGUAAAAGGCUCAGUCUGGCUCAGCUCACGCGUCCUCGUCCCGGCUCCAUGUCUUCCCUCCCUUCUUUCCUUUCUGCCUUCUCUCUUCGUCUUUCAUGUUCCGCUGCCGUCGUCUCCCCCUCUUGUCUUCCUCUCUCUCUCUUUUUUUUUCUCCAUCCCACAACAGCAGCGCUCCCCGACCGUUAGCAGCGUGCGUGCGAUAGAUAAAGAGAGGGAGAGGCACAAAGAGCGUCCCUCCGCCCUCGUCCGUCUCGGAGGAUUGAGGAACUUUCAGUGGCUGUCUCUCUCGGCGGUAAUGGAUAAAGCGUGUAGGGGAAGAAUGAGGGAGGGUCGGCUCAGGAUAACGGCUCCUCUCCUCCCUCGCUCCAUCCUCUCUGUCUCUUCGCUCUCCUCCACACAGCAGCGCAGCUCUGCAGUCUGAUCCUUUGUGCCCGCUUGAUUCUGUGUGUACCACAGUACUACUGCUACUGUGUAUAUUACAAGUCAUUUCAUGCUCUGCAACUACAUCACACCUUUCAUGUGCACAACAAAUAGUUUUGCGGUAUUCGACAUGUGACGGCCUAUAUGCAUUAGCGUGUUGUAGCUUACUGCUGCCACUAGAGGGCACUGCUGCCACAGCUGACGCACCAGGCGUGGCCAAACCCCUGUUUUCCAAACUUCCCUGCACCUAAAGCUUCUCGGGAGCUGAGAUGGUUGGAGAAGAAGCCGGACGGUGGCUCUGACACAUCAGGGUCAGAGUGAUCUCGUGUAGCUGCUUCGUUCCACUUUGGUAACAGAGAAUGCAUCAUUUGAGCCACUCAGCUUUUAUCGCUGCAGCUUAUUAUAAUUUAUCAUUAAUGAGAAUGUUCUGAAAGUUGUGGAAGUUGCAUGAGAGGCUCCGUCUCAUCCAGUGGAGCUUUUCUUCUCAUUACAGGGCUCAGUAUGAAACAUUAAUGACUACUCCUUUUAUUGCUAUGAUGAUUAUUUCUGUGUUAUAUAAUAUGUGAAUGAUCUUUGGCCUUUUUAUUUAUUGUACAGUCAUGAAUAUUUCCCUUCAUCCGUUUGAGUUUUCAAUCAACCAAACGGAACAACUAAAGCAUGAACUCACCUCUUUGCCUGCGUGAUGUUAUUCACGGUUGGUGUAAGUCCAGUAGCCAGAGCUUUAGGAACACAGGAACAGAGUGCUGACCUUUUGGCUGAUUUUUUUUAUUUUUUUAAUAGUUGAUUGAACGAAGCUGGCACAAUCAAAAACAAACCUUUACUAAAAAGUAACUCAUGCCAGUUAAAAGGAAAUAUUUUAAGGUUAUUCACUCACUAAAUGAAACUCUUUGCUUUCAACUAACGUCACCUGUUGCUAAAUCAAAUCCAGCUGAGGUAAAGGUCAUCGCGUGGGUCACAGACCUCGGCUACUGCAGCCGCACAACCCCCCCCCCCAUCUCCUCUUCUAUCCGUCUAUCGAAGGACUAUUCCCACUCCGGUCCUGAAUGUUCUCUCGUUCUCUCGCUCGCCCGCUCGCUCUCCUCCAGCGUGAUUCAAUAUGAAUGAGUCCCCCUGUCUCUGAAGCGGGCCGGGCCGGGGAGGGGGUUGGCUCCCCGAUGAAGUCAUGAGGCUAUAUCUGGAGCACUCAGCGAGUCUGACAUUGUGCACGCCCGCGUCUGCCCGCGCACAUGCCUGCAUGUAUGUAUGCGAAUGGAGGGGGCUCUAUAUGUGGAGCACUCUGUUGUACGCGUGUGAUGCUGCGCUAUUCCUGCUCUUCCUCUCCAGCGCUCGUUCUGCCUCCCUCUCGUGCCAUUGGCUCCUCUCAUCUCCCCUCCGCUGCUCUUUGUUUGCUCCGCCGCUGCACUUUAUCGGGGUGUAAGCCUUCCCCGUUCCCUCAGCUGGAGCGAGACUAGAGAGCGGGAGAGAUAAAGUAGCAGCGGCUGAGGAGGAGGAGGAAGACGUACGAGAGACAAAUAGGGGGAGUUUAGGUUUGGGGGGAGCGAAGAGUGGUGGCGCUUGUUGGGAGAGAGAGGGAGUUGUAAAAACAGAGCAACGGAGAGUCAGAGAGAGAGAGGAGGAGAGGAGGAGCCGCACACUCCCCUGCUCAGGACACAGCGGGACCUUGAGACGCUUCAAACCGGGCAAGCAAAGCAAAUUAAAAGAAAAAGAAAGAAGCUGGUUGUGGAGGAAGAAAGAACAAGAAAAGGUGCAGCUGGAGAAAGAGGAGGAAGAGGAGAGGAAGAAGCAGGGGGAGGUGGAGGAUAGGGGGAAAAGAGCCCCAGAGGAUUAGAAGAAGAAGAGAGAGACAGGAAGAGAUUUACCCACGGGUGCCGCGGCAACGGGGCUGUGGCGAUGUCACUGUGGCAGAGGAGCUAACAAGGCAGGGAGUGUUUGUCGGCAACGGGCGAGGAUGUCAGCCAGUGGACUUUGCAUACGUGGCGAGAGACAAGAACACGCGAGUGCUGAAAUGCCACGUGUUCCGCUGUGAUACGCCCGCCGCAGCCAUCGCCACCAGUCUCCACGAAAUCUGCUCCAAGAUUAUGGCUGAGAGGAAAAGUGCCAAGGCUGCAGCUGGCAGCGCCUCCCAGACCGGCUCCGAUGUGCCCCUACAAGAGUUCCCCAUGCCAAAGACUGAGCUGGUGCAGAAGUUCCAUGUGCUGUAUCUGGGUAUGACUUCUGUGUCUCGACCAAUCGGUAUGGACAUAAUAAAUGGAGCAAUAGACAGCCUCGUGUCCUCCACAGGCAAAGAGGAUUGGACUCCCGUCAUACUGAGCAUUGCUGACACCACAGUCGCCGUCAUCAAAGAAAAGGAGGAGGAAGAGGAGGCGCUGGUGGAGUGCCGCGUGCGUUUCUUGUCCUUUAUGGGCGUGGGGCGGGACGUGCACACCUUCGCCUUCAUUAUGGACACUGGGAAUCAGCACUUCCAGUGUCAUGUGUUCUGGUGCGACCCCAACGCAGGCUGCGUGUCUGAGGCCGUGCAGGCCGCAUGUGUGCUGCGGUACCAGAAGUGUCUGGUGGCUCGGCCGCCGUCGCAACGCGCUGGCUCCUCCUCCUCGCCCACCUCCGACUCCGUGACUCGGCGGGUGACCACCAGCGUGAAACGUGGCGUCCAGUCUCUUAUAGACACUCUGAAACCCAAGAAACAGCAGUCAGAACUCCCCCAGCAAUGACCAUUACAAGUGACCACAAACCCCUCCCCCCCGACCCAGCCGACGCCUGGAUGCCACUCACACUCUCGCCACACCACCACCUGAUCAGUACCAGCCAUGGUAACCAAUGAUGUAUAUAUUAACAAACCACGUGACAGAAAGCAGAGCGAUCCUCAUCCACGCCUGAUGAAGAGUUACGAACGCCUACGGUACCUGAUUCAUGAGGCAGAAUGGAAGAGCUGCAGCACAUGUAGGUGUCACUGGUUGAACUUUGACCUUUGAACACUGCUGCUCUUCCGCCGGCCCUCAGAUAACGUUGAUUUUGGGGCUAGAUGGAUGACUUGGUUAAGCAGAAAGCCUGGGUUACUUGGUUUUCCUUCCGUGGGCCGUCCUCUUCUGCAACAGUGAUGAGCACAGGAGAAGCCCCUGGACUGGAUAAUGCUCAGAUACGGUAGCUUUCCAGGGCAGAAGGACUUGUCUUGCCGCAUGGGAAUUGACAGGAACCCACGACAAUCUCCUGACAAUCUGAUGAUUGUCACGGUGUCAGCCUCCGGACGCCCACCAAAUGGCAGAAAAAUGUUUUGACCCUUUCGAUGUGUGAACAACUGAAGACCGAAAAUCAAAACAUCUCUGAAUCUAAAUGAAGUGAUUGUACUAAUGAAAAGUAUGUAAAUGACUGUAUGUAGAAAAAGAGAAAAUUAGGGCACAAAUCUUGUAGAUAUGAAGAGAGAUACUGUACUGUAAGCGGUGUAUGAAAGACAGGGCUAUGAUUUUGCAUGUUUUUGAUGGGUUACGUUUUAUGUUGGUCGGUCAAUAAGAGAGUGGGUGAGAAGAAACAGAUGCUCUCAGCACAAGUCAUCUCCUCUUGACCAUGACUGGAUUCACCCCGGAGCAAGAACGUCUGCCCUACUUACAACACACUGGAAACAGAAAAUCAGUUACCUAUGUAAAGAAAUGCAAAGAUUGGCCAUUAACAGUUUUUACUUGUGUUGCUAAAUGAAUGAUCCAUUCAGCAAAAGAAAGUAAACAGCUUUUAAUGUACUUUGAAGCUUAAAUUAGUUAUGAUUGUGAUUUUGUUUGCAUAUGUAAAAAAAAAAAGGUUUAAAGAGCUCAAGAAUGUCACAAUGCCUGUGUUCGGACUUUACAAUUUCCUCAGGAAUCUUAAUAUAUUCAUCCAAGAUUUAUGUUGUUACAAAAUAUUCCAGACCCAGGCAGAAGAAGUGCUGACAGCUGAACGAACACGGCUGUCCCUGUUUGUCAUACAGCUAGGGUUAACUACAGUCUAUGUUUUUUCUUCUGUAGAUGCAGCCAGUCGACUCCCACUCACGUCGAAGUUGUGACGCUGGUACACACACACACGCACACAUAUAGCAGGAAAAUGUCUGCUGUCACUGCUUUUGAAACCUUUACACUGCUCCUAUGGCUCGAGGCCUCCACCUGCACUCCACAUGAACUCUGAAGGCAGUUUGAUCGAAAUGAAAAACACACAAAAGAGAGAUGUCAUGAAUCAUAUCAUUUCUGUUCUUCACUCAUCUCUACACCUUGUAAAUGUAAUCUGUUGUGACAAUAAAUGCAUUAACGAAAGAAA